UAAUCUGCUGCUGCACUGCACACACAAGUUGGCGAGUUUUGCACGGCAGAGGCAUUGCAGGCUGCUGUGCAGUCAGUCAGGUGUCCUCCAUUGGGCAGACAAAAUAAAGGUUAAACUAGCGGAGCCAGUAGUAGUAGUAUAGAUAGAGAUUUGCCGAUUCCGCGAGUCAGUAGUUACAGUGGUGCCUGGUGCGUGGCUGUCUCGUGUCUAUGCGUGCGUGUGUGCGUGUAUAAUAAAAACGCGACGCGCUUUCGGAAGAAUCAGCAGCAGCAGCAGUGGUAGUGGUGCUCUUAUACGCAGUCAGCACGCAGAGCUGGCAGCAGAGGCUAGAUAGCAACGCGUCGGAAUUGGCGUGUAUACUGUACAUACACGUCGUACACAUAGUUGAGAGAUACGAGUCCGACCGUACGGGGGGACACACCUUUUGAGGUUAAAGUUCACUCCCGCGAGCCCACAGUGUAGUUUUAGCGGAGCUCGAGCGAGCAAGUCACAGUCUCUAGCUAGCUCUCGACUCUUGUGUCGUGAAUAAAAGAAAGAAAAAGGCGAAUAAUGAGCAGCAGCAGCGGCAACGAGAGAAAGAAGAAAGUUUGAUAGCUCGUUGAGCCAUAUGCAGCGCACGUAGAUAGAGAGAGAGAAAGAUUUAUAUCGCCUCGUAAUACUAAUUGAUCCAUUAGUAAUUGGUCGCGAUUGACGGCUCGGCCAGCAGUACUACCUCGAUAGAGCCCGCAUUUGAAUAAUAAUACUGCAGUCUGCUUCUGUCUCUCUCUUUCUCUCUUCAUAUACACAUAUACUCGAAUACGAGUCAUCGUCGUAUCAACUUCUUGAUACGUUACAAUUGUGCUGCAUGUUUCUCUAACGUUGUAGUGAACGUGUGUAUCUCGUGUGUAUGUAUACAUGUCUCUAUAUAAUACACACACAAACGCGCACAUAUUGUAUGACUAAGUGUAAACGCAAGAAGAGCCCAGGCAGCAUCGACAACGACUACGAGUGACGACGACUGCUUCCCCGAUACUCACCGAUUUAAUACGUACAUGAGUAGUGGUGCUGUACAAUUGGUGGCGGUGCGCGGCGAUAUACAUGAAUUCCAAUAAAAUUCCUCGCCUCUUCGCUGCCGCCUCCUCCACGUACGAGCGCAAUAAUGCAACUGCUGAUGAUCGUCGUCUCACGUCGUCGACUGCGCGGAUUUUAAUGAAGACCAGCUGUCCUGGCAGAUAACCUCGAGCUUCGUUCAUCUCCGCCGUGCGGCCCCGACCAUACUCUAGACGAUAGUCACAGCAAGAAAGAAGUUUCGCGCCCGGGGAAGGCGAAAAAUCCCGUACAACGAUGAAUCGCGUCGACGAGCAGCCAUCGGCGACGGCAGUUGCGGGUGACGUCGUUGGAGCACAGCUACAGACACAGCCACAGACACAGCCACAGUUACAGCCGCAGCUGCAACCGACGAGUCAACAACAACAACAUCAUCAUUGGCAGGCCACGGCUACGUCCGCGGCAGCGCCGACCGCUCGCAUGUAUCCCCCACCCACCGCAGCAGCGACGACGAUCAACGGCGGCAGUGGUGCAGCGACGAUCGGACAGCAGCAGCAGCAGCAGCGGUCGAUUUUCCCAGUGACCACCGGAUUACUGCCCAGCAAAGUCGGUGGUAGUAGUAGUAGUGUACCCUCGCCCGUCAGUGCCAGCCCAGUGCCGCCAAGCAGCAAUGGGCAAACGACCCCGACGAGUCGGGGCCCACCCCUGCAGCAGCAGCUACAGUCCAAUCUUCGUGCUGGACCCACGAACGUAGCCGCGCCUGCGAAUCAUCAGAGCUACCCACCUCCUCAACAAAGCCAUAUCAACAAUGCCAAUUCCGCCGCUUCGCAGCAGCAGCAGCAGCAGCUACAGUACAAUCAGCAGCCAGCGGCCACGAGGUCGUCGCCGAUGAUCAACAGCAGCCCCGUGCCUCCUCCUCCCACGUCUCAGUACAAUCGUACUGUGCCACCCAUGAUGACGAGCAACGGGCCCUCCUCGACGCCCGCUGCUGCUGCUCCUCCACAGCUUCAACAGCAACAAUUCAACAGCGGGCAUCGGCCGCUCGUGAAUCACGGCAGUCCGAUAUCUUCACCGCUCACGCCCGCGACCAGUGCUUUCCUGCCUUCGAUGCAGCAGCAGCCAAACAGGAGUGCCCAAACGGUGCCAAAUUACGUCAACAGCAGUUCCAUGCCACCGACGUCGACGAUAGGAUCUGUAAAUAGAAGCUCGCCGAUGACGAGUCCACCGCCGAUGAGCGGCAGACCUCCGAUGCCAGCAGCAGCAGCCACGAGCGUAGCUCCUCCACAGGUCAACGCUACGACGCCCUCGUCCCUGCAGCAGCAGCAGCAGCAGAUUAGCAGUAGCAGUAGCAGUAACAAGCCACCGAUGGCCUACAGCUACUCGUCGACACAGCCACAACAACUGCCACCCGCGAAUAAACCGCCGAUGAUGAGUAGUACCCCAUUGACGAGGCCGGAGCAACAGCAAUCGGGCCCACCGCCUCCUCCUUUCGCGAGCAAUAAUAAUUUUGGACCACAGAAUCAUGCCCAGCAUCAUCGUCAUCAGCAGCAUCCGCAUCAUCAUAAUCAGACGUCUCAGGCCAGUAGCGGGCCGAUGCCACCCACGUCCGCGACCAUGUCCAUGAACAGAGGACCGCUGCCGCCGAUGAACACGGCGCAGUCGCAGCAGCAGGCUUACAACAACAGCAACGCGACUCAACAGCUGACUCAUCAGUUUCAGAAUGUCAAUCUUUCGGGACCGAGCGGCCAGCAGCAAGAUUGGAGAAGAGGACCCCCGUCUUCCCAAGGUUACAGUGCGCCUACGUCCAUGCCACCGAUGGGCUAUGCGCCGAAUUCCACGCUCAAUCAGCAGCCACUGGACACGAGACCUCCACCCGGACAGCAACCGUAUCCGGGCAUGCCUCCGACCACCGCUGGUCAUCAAAUGGCGAAUCAGCAAAAUCUGUCGGUCACGCGAGCCGGCUUCAAUCAGAUCUGGGGAAUGGAGGCGGUCGACCUGCUGCAGAGCAGAAACGUCCUGCCGCCCGGCAGGAUCGAGCCACCACCGAUCAAGCUGCACCAGGACCAGCUGGACUCGCUCAACUGCGACCCGGAUCUGUUCAGGUGCACGCUGACGAAGAUUCCCGAUUCCAAUUCGCUGCUGCAGAAGUCGCGGCUGCCGCUGGGCAUCCUCAUACAUCCGUUCAAGGACCUGAAUCACCUGCCGGUGAUCCAGUCGGUGACGAUAGUGCGCUGCCGAUCCUGCCGCACCUACAUCAAUCCGUUCGUCUUCUUCAUGGACUCGAAGCGCUGGCGAUGCAAUCUGUGCUUCAAGAUCAACGAGCUGCCCGAGGAGUUCCUCUACGAUCCGGCGACCAAGGCCUACGGCGAUCCCACCAGGCGGCCCGAGGUGCGCUCCAGCACCAUCGAGUUCAUCGCCCCGGGCGAGUACAUGCUGCGACCGCCGCCGCCCGCCGUCUACAUCUUCAUCCUGGACGUGUCGAAGCUCGCCUGCGACAGCGGCUACCUCAGCGUGGUCUGCAGAAUACUGCAGGAGGAGAUGUCGAAUCUGCCGGGCGACAGUCGGACCCAGAUCGGCAUCAUCGGCGUCAACUCCGCCGUGCACUUCUUCGGCAUGCCCGAGAACGUGUCGCAGCCCCAUCACAUGAUCAUGCUCGACGUCGACGAGGUGUUCCUGCCCUGUCCCGACAAUCUCCUGGUGAAUCUGCGGGAGCGCGCGGAUCUCGUCAAGGAUCUGCUGGCUCUGCUGCCGAACAUGUUCAGCGACGGCUACGACACCGACUGCGCCCUCGGCGCCGCGCUCCAGGCCGCCUACAAGCUGGCCUCGCCCACGGGCGGCCGCGUCACCGUGUUCCAAGUGUGCCUUCCGAACGUCGGGCCGGGCUGCCUCAAGCCCCGCGAGGAUCCGGCCACGCGCACCCAGAAGGACGUGCCGAAUCUCAAUCCGGCCACGGACUUCUACAAGAGGUUCGCCCUGGACUGCAGCGGCCAGCAGAUAGCCGUCGACCUGUUCAUGCUGAACUGCCAGUACACCGAUCUCGCCUCGCUCUCGGGCAUGUGCAAGUUCUCCGGCGGCUGCAUUUACAACCUGCCCCUCUUCCAGGCAGGCAAGCUGCAGCACGUCGAGGCCCUGGACAAGAUGUUCAGGCGCUACCUGAAUCGCAAGAUCGGCCUCGAGGCCGUCAUGAGGAUUCGCUGCACUCGCGGCCUCAGCAUACACGCGUUCCACGGCAACUUCUUCGUGCGCUCCACGGAUCUGCUUAGUCUGCCCAACGUCAAUCCCGACGCCGGCUUCGGCAUGCAGCUGGCCAUCGAGGAAAAUCUCUCGGAGAUGACGUCGGUCUGCUUCCAAGCCGCUCUGUUGUACACGUCGAGCAAGGGCGAGCGCCGGAUACGCGUGCACACGCUCUGCCUGCCCAUCACGAGCUCGCUCUCGGACGUGCUGCACUCGGCCGACCAGCAGUGCAUCGUCGGCCUGCUCUCGAAGAUGGCCGUCGACCGGUCCAUGUCGUCCUCGCUGUCGGACGCGCGCGAGGCCCUCAUCAACGCCUGCGUCGACGCCUUGUCGGCCUACAAGCUGCUCCAGCAGUAUCCGGCCGGCGGACUGAUGGCUCCGAACAAUCUCAAGCUCCUGCCAAUGUACAUAAUAGCUCUGUUAAAGUGCCGGGCCUUCAGAUUCGGACUCAGUACGCGCGUCGACGACCGCGUCUACGCCAUGUGCCAGCUCAAGGCGUUGCCGCUCUGCCAGCUGAUACAGCUGAUCUAUCCGGACCUCUACGCGGUUUACAAUCUCGUCAUGAGUCCCUCGGCCGACACCGACUCCCAGCAGCAAGUGCAGCUGACCACCGACAGGUUGCACCUGUCCGCCGAGAAGCUCGACUCCAGGGACGUGUUCGUGCUCGACGCGCUAGAUCAAAUAUUCAUUUACGUGGGCAAGAACGUGCACCCGUCGUUCUGCUACAAGGCGCUGGGUAUCGCGAGCUUUGCCGCCAUCCCGGAGGAGAUGUACGGAUUGCCGGAACUCGAUACGCCCGAAUCCGUGAGACUUAGGAAUUUCAUUGCUGGCCUACAAGACGAGAAACCUUACAGUGCCACGAUACAGAUAAUCCGUGACGAUGGACACUUCAGGACCCUAUUUACAGAACGACUCAUCGAGGAUAGAUUUGAAAAUGCACUGAGUUAUUAUGAAUUCAUACAGCACGUCAAGUCACAAAUCAAAUAAUCCUUGGAUUACUCAAGAUACAUUCAAUAAAUUAAUACAUUUGUAACCGUAUUUUUCAUUGUAUGGGUGAUGUCGUAAAAAAAAAGAUGCCGCAAUG